CCUCGGGACGAACAGGGAAUAUUGCCUAAAUUGGAAAGAGAGUACAGAAGUUUGCCGGCAGAACGGAGCGCAGCAAUUUCCUAAACCGGAAAGAGAAACUACCGCGGACGGGGAGCGCACCAUUUACCAGAAGAGGAGGUAGCACUUUCCUAAAGCGUCUGUCUGUCUGUUCGAUCUUUUCCUCAACAAGCAAUUUCCAAAAGGAGCAAGUGCCUUCUGAGUAUUCAUUCGAGGAGCAAGUGCCAAAAUGAUGUUCCGACGGCUUAUGCCAAGAAGCGCCCCGGAGGUUACUGUCCCGCUAGGUACUCUGAAGGCAAAUGCAUUAAAACCACGGUUCACUGUUCAUCAUGGAAUACCUCCUGAGUCAAUCACCAUGGCUUAUGAGCCAAUCCAGCGCACGUUGGCGAUUGGAACAAGUGAUGGGAGAAUCAAGAUCUUUGGGAGAGAGGGUGUUGAAACUAUGCUUCGGUCCCAGACGGCAGCCCCCUGCAAAAUUUUGGAGUUCAUCAUCAACAGGGGAAAGCUUAUAAACGUGACGACACAAAAUGAUGUAGAGGUAUGGGAUCUGUCAACAAAGGCGGUGGUUGCUUCCCUGAAGUGGGAUGGCGAGAUUACGGCGCUGGCGCAAGCGAUUGGCACUCCGUAUUUAUAUUUUGGUGACGACACGGGAUACGUUCGCGUUUUGCAACUGGAUGAAGUUGAGGGAAUCCUUCGACCAAUGCCAUACUUGAUUCCCGUACACAUCACUCAAGGAGGUCUUGUCAGGGCAGGGGCCGAGAACUCUCCCAGUGUUGUUGGGAUCUUACCGCAACCGGAUACGGCGCACACAAGGCUUGUGAUUGGAUACUCCAAUGGCAUCAUUGUUGUGUGGGGUCUUCGGGAGACGCGUGUGCUUGCUCUUCGAGGCGGCACAUCGGAGCAGAGAUCAAAAAUGUCGCAGUAUGCAGCGAAGAUCGCUGCCGAGGCUCAAUUGGACACUGGAUCGUCGCCAUCAUCGACAGAAGUGAUGAGUAAAUCUGGAGGGCACUCGAAUGUAGGUCAUGCGACGCUCAGCUCAGUGGCAAUGGCAGCGAUGUUCGCAGCCUCAAUGCAAGCCACUCUGCCACAAGGAGGCGCUGGAAGCAGCGGUGUAAUCGUGGAGGAAGAAGAGCAGGAGCUGACAAAAAUUUGUUGGGCCAGUGACAAUUGCGCUCUCCUCGCGGCUGGGUAUGGCAAUGGAGACGUGUGGAUCUGGAAGCUACCAACACAGUUUUCGGGCGGUCAGAGUACGUCGGGAAAAGGAGGCGAGCCUGCUCCAAUUGUACAGGAUGCACCCUCAGUCUCGGGGCAACCGAUGCGGAAGAUCAGGGUGGCAGCGGGCGGUCCACGCAUGCCGAUACGGUCAUUGAGCUGGUGUGGGGCUCCGACGGGGAAAGUUAGCGGCCGACUCUACCUCCUCGGCGGCGAGGUUCAAGGAACCACGCAGCUUGCAACGGUGGUCUCAUUGGACCAAGUGGACAUCCUUGGGAGAGUAGUUUCAAAGAGGGAGCUGAAGUGGUACGGGCCCGUGGAAUCGGUGCUCCUGACUCCGACACCAGGAAAUGUCUACAUACCGCCGGCUUCGUCCGCGAUCGUGCUUUCGGGGAACGGUAUUGUACAUGUCUACGACGAGGCAGCUAUGGCGAUCGCUUUCGCCGAUUCCGGAGAAGGGAAGCCCGGACUGAAGGCUGAACCUUUCCGCUCUGUUUUGGUCUCAGCGCCGGUGACACUCAUGCGGGGAUGGAUGUCGAUGGAGGAGACCCUCGCACUGUCAAUGCUACUGCAGCUUCCGAGACAAACAGAAGUUAUGGGACCAAGCUACUUGCAGACAGGAGCACGAUGGCCAAUUGUUGGGGGUUCGCCAGGGACGCCGGCUUUUCAAGAUUCAAAAGAUGGUGUGAAAGCGAGCAUUUUGUUCACGGGCCACAAGAAUGGCGUCAUUCAUGUCUGGGACGUUUCGUUGCCCAGUACAUCGCUGAUCACCACAAUCCAUCCUGAGGAGCGAGAUGGAGUGAUUGCUCAGGCAGUGACCUGCAUGGAUUUUUGUGGUGUGUCGGGUCUCCUCGCUGUUGGGUAUGAAUACGGAGUGGCUUGCCUUUACGUUCUCAGCUUGGAGAGCAGACAUGUGUGCAGACUCACUGUCGAAGCCGAUCAGACUUGCAAAAGAGAGCUUGCGCGCUGUGAAUCUGGUUUCCAGUGUAUUGGCAUCUACAAGCUGCACAAGGGAGGGAUCAGGAGCAUUGCGCUUUCGACCGGUUAUGGGCGUCUGGCAUUCGGCGAUGACGAGGGAUUGAUAACCAUUAUCAACCUCAGCACCGGCGCCCUAACAUAUUAUGGACGGGUGUUCCCGAACAGAGAGCCAACAUCGGGAGUGAUGUCGAUCGUGUUUGCUCCUAUCCCAACAACAAUGGAUGUUGGGAUCUCAAACGCACCUCCGGCAAUGGGAACUGGCAAGAAGGGGCCGCGAGCAUCAAAUCCUCCUCCUGACGGCCCCACGGCGUGCAUUUACCUUGGUGCUACGAAUGCGUGUAUGGCUGUUGUGGAUUCCACAUCAGGAUUGCCUCUAGGGGCAGGUGUCCUUGUGCCACGGAGCUUCUCUGCGCUUCUAUCCAUGUACAUUCUAGAUUCGACGGGGGCGCCAAUGUCGAGUCCCUGUGGAUUGCAGCUAGUCAAUUGGUCGCAGAAAGAAGCGUGGGGAACGGCCCUGUCAUCGGGAAGCGGAUACGUUGGGCAGCAGACAAUAAGCGGGUCUGUGCCGGGAAUGAUAUCGCGAUCGAUGAUGAACUCGAGCGCUCAACCGAGUUCGGGAGGGCCGGCAAGGUUGUUCUAUGGAGAGUUGACGGGCGGUUCCGGCGACGGAAGUGGGAGUUCUGGUUCUCUCACUGGUGCUCUGCCGGAGCCAGUUUUUGCGAUCUUGUGUUCUGAAGAUUGCGUUCGGAUGUACACAAUCUACAACAUUUGGCAUAUGAUCAACGAGACCGAGAUGCUGAGGUUGUCUCUAUUUGAUGGAGAGAACACGCUAGGGCUACCAUUUUCAUCUCCGGAAGUGUAUGAUGGUGCUCUUGCAGCCGCCGCCAUGAAGGCCGUUGAGAUUGGAGCUGUUCUUAGUGGCGUCGUGCAGAUUCCUGCUGGUCCUACGGCCCCAGAAAAGAAAAAGAAG